GUCCCGGAACCAAGCUCCCACCGGGUCCGUUUGCUUUUCCGAUCAUCGGAAAUAUACUAGAACUAGGCAAAAAACCCCACCAGUCAUUGGCCAAACUCUCCAAAACCUAUGGACCCUUAAUGUAUCUUAAAAUAGGGUGCCUUAAUACUGUAGUAGUUUCGUCACCGGAAAUAGCCAAAGAUGUUUUACUAAAAUACGAUCAAGUCUUCUCCAGCAGAAGUGUCCCAGGUGCACUCAUGGCCAAAGAACACAACAAACUUUCUAUAGCGUGGUUGCCGGCGAAAAAUCAAUGGCGUAAACUUCGCAGAAUUUGUAAAGAACAAAUGUUUUCAAUCCCAAGGCUUGACGCAAGUUGGGACCUUCGCCUGGAGAAAUUGCUGAAACUGGGGGACUAUGUGAAUCAGUGCUGUAUUAAUGGGCGAGCUGUGAAUAUCGGUGAAGCUGCUUUUAUUACCUCGCUUAAUUUGAUAUCUGCAACACUUUUUUCAGUUGAAUUUGCUGAGUUCGACUCUGAUUCUUCGCAAGAGCUUAAGGAUGUUGUACGGGGUGUGAUGGAAUGUGCUGGGAGUCCUAAUAUUGCAGACUAUUUUCCACUUUUAAAAUAUUUUGAUCCCCAAGGAAUUUCACGCCGGACCAAGUUUUAUUUUGAAAAAUUGUUUGCAAUAUUUGAUGGUAUAAUAGAUCAGCGGUUGCAGUCAAGAG